AGGAAAUCCCGGGCAGCUGCCGUGGGAGCCCUCUCCUCGCCUUUCCUCUCCUCCUCCUCCUCGCCUCUCCUCGCCCGGCCGCCGUGCCGAGGCCGGCCGAGCCAGCCCUGCGUGUGUGUGCAUGCGUGGGCGGGGGGGCUGCCGCAUGGAUUUAGCGAAGGCUGGGAGGGAAUACAUGGGUUGGGGUUUUUUCCCUUGGCCCGCGGUGGCUGUCCGUCCUGCCGGCCGCGGUUAUGGACUCAAUCAUUAUUCAGGAGCGGUUAGUGGAGCGGCUGCUUUCUCCCCGGACGCAGGCACAGCGAAGCCACCCGGCCAAGCUGAAGGACCAUGAGAAGCAGUACGUGGGCUUUGCCACUCUGCCCAACCAGGUCCACCGGAAAUCUGUGAAGAAGGGCUUUGACUUCACCCUGAUGGUCGCAGGAGAGUCGGGUCUGGGCAAAUCCACGCUGGUGAAUAGCCUGUUCCUGACAGACCUCUACAAAGACAGAAAGCUCCUCAAUGCAGAGGAGAGAAUCAACCAGACAGUGGAGAUUGUCAAGCACACGGUGGACAUUGAGGAGAAGGGUGUCAAGCUGAAGCUGACCAUAGUGGACACCCCAGGCUUUGGAGAUGCUGUCAACAACACUGAGUGCUGGAAGCCCAUCACCGACUACAUCGACCAGCAGUUUGAACAGUAUUUCCGCGAUGAGAGCGGCCUGAACAGGAAGAACAUCCAGGACAACCGAGUGCAUUGCUGCCUCUACUUCAUCUCGCCCUUUGGGCACGGGCUGAGGCCUGUGGAUGUCGAGUUCAUGAAGGCUCUGCACGAGAAGGUCAACAUCGUGCCCCUGAUUGCCAAAGCUGACUGCCUGAUCCCCUCCGAGAUCCGGAAGCUAAAGGAGAGGAUCCGGGAAGAGAUUGACAAAUUUGGCAUUAAAGUGUACCAGUUUCCUGAGUGUGACUCUGAUGAGGAUGAGGAGUUCAAGCAGCAAGACAGAGAGCUGAAGGAGAGCGCUCCCUUUGCCGUCAUCGGCAGCAACACUGUGGUGGAGGCGAAAGGCCAGCGAGUCCGUGGGCGGCUCUACCCCUGGGGCAUCGUGGAAGUGGAAAACCAGGCACACUGCGACUUCGUGAAGCUGCGGAACAUGCUGAUCCGGACACACAUGCAUGACCUGAAGGACGUCACUUGCGAUGUCCACUAUGAGAACUACCGAGCUCAGUGCAUCCAGCAAAUGACCAGCAAACUGACUCAGGACAACAGGAUAGAAAGCCCAAUUCCUAUCCUGCCUCUCCCAACACCGGACACUGAGACGGAGAAGCUGAUCAAAAUGAAGGAUGAGGAGCUACGGCGAAUGCAAGAGAUGCUGCAGAAGAUGCAGCAGCAGAUGCAGGAUCAGUGAGAGGCAGGUACUCGGAGGGCAGAGGGAAUCCCCAGUGACCGUCUGAGGCCUGGCAAGAGCUGUGGACGUUUGGAAAAGGUUUCCCCUUGUAUAGAGACUUGUGGGCAAGAGCUGCACCCGCACCCUCUAAUUUAUUAGCAGCAAUGCUGGCUUUGCAGUCAGCUGGAUUGUGGAGGAGGCUGUUCACUUAACAGUUUACUGAUGUGUAUUUCUUUUUUAAUAAUUAUUCUUUCUUUUCUUUUUUCUUUUUUUUUUUUUUUUUUUAAAGAAGAUAGCCUGGGAAGUCUCAAAGGCAUCC